UCAUGUCUUUAUAUACUAGAGUAGUUGUGGGCCUUACGAAAGAGCUCUGGGAUCUCCAGUCUGUGAAGAUAAGGUUUGUUCCGUUUUUGAAGGAGAGUAAUAUGUUGAUAAGGUUUAUCGUUUACCUUCGAUUCAGGCGGAGCCGGGACGAGUUCUCACCGUGAUCUCAGGAAAUUCGGGAUCUGUUGGUCCAUCGUGAUCUUGAGAAAUUUGGGAUCUGUUGGGGUGGCCUUUGGAGUUGGUUAUGUGGCGUUUCGGCUCAUUAGCUCCGAGCUGGAACUUCGAUUUUUUAGUCCCGAACUGGAUUGGGUGUUGAGGUGCCUCUACACCGAGGUGGCUGAAUACCCGAGCUCCGAAUGUUGCGAACUGGGUUCGCCUGGCUGAGUUGUCACCCCUCGAUCAGAUCGCGCCCACGUGUCCCCUUCUUGCUAGGUCGUGCCAAAUCAUCCUUCAUCAAUUGCCCCCCACUCCUUGUGCCAGGGGUCCCAACCCGGUUCGGGGAGUUCAUGACGAGUCCAAGUGGAUUUGGCACGAAGUCUAGACGACUUGAAGGGAAAACCAUUGGAUGGGCCUGUUUCAACCAUGAAAUGACCCAAGUUGCGUCUCAGCCACGCGCGAACGUCACACUGUUUAUAGACUUCGUGGACGUCAAAACACGCGCUAAAUCGAUUUCAACAUCGGGGGGCGUGCAACCGGUUUCCUUAGGAGCCGUCGGAUUGUGUUGAUCUUGACCAUUGAUUCCCGGAUACACUGGCUGUAAAUAGAGGCCAAAGGGCUCAUUUUCCUUGCCACAAAUCCGCAAAUCCAUGAGUUUUUUAGGUCGAGCUUAAGUCUUCCAGUUCACCAUCAACCUUUUCUGGGUCCGAGGUCACAUUCUUUUCUUCGGUCUUCCUUUUGGUGAGUCCACCUUCCUUUGCUUUUUCCUUUUGAUUUCGUUGUCUUUUCCUUUAAUAUGUCUAGCCUUAGCUUAAAUAGUCUUUUAGACGGGAGCGGUGAGUCCGCUGGGGCUGAUGUGGGUACCUCGACUCAGAUUGUGGAUCCUCGUCCUACCGAGGUGGUCACUUCGGGACAAGACACGGUCCUCAGUCCACUCGGGGAGAACUCACCUCGGCGAGAGCAAGAGGCCUCUAGUAACUCGGCUUCCACCUCACACCGAGGUUGGCUGCUAGACAACUUCGGCCCGUCGGUAAUGACGGCAGACAGGCUCCUGGCCUUAGUAGCCUGGUACAAACUCCCUAACGAUCUUGUAUAUAGCAUCCCCUUAGGCAACUUUCCUUGGGAUCAUGAUCACAACGAGAUCGUGAUCUUCGAGGAACAGCUCGUAGUUGGUCUACGUCUUUCACUUCACCCCCUUAUAAUCGAGAUCGUUAUAUUUUUUAACAUUACCAUAGAUCAGCUACACCCGAGCUCUAUUAGUAACAUCAUAGGGACCAUUUCUUUUCCAUGAUUACAACCGUCCCCUUGACCUUGACGUCUUUUCUUCAAUUCUUUCCAUUAAGAAAAAUUCGUUCUGUGUUCUACCCGAGCAUAGGCGAACUUACUACUUGUCACCUCAUCCUGAAUAUAAACUGUUGCACGAGCUCCCUAAUAAGGUCCCAGCUUGGAAGAGGUGUUUCUUCGUGGUCCGCAACACCGAGGGGUGGCCCUUCCCGACCCAUUGGAGGGCAGCCAUUCAAGACACCGACGUUAGACUGGACCUGAAGAAAAGGGAGGAGGUCCGAUCUUGGGUGGAACUCGGCCUGAAGUUCGAAGACUUCGUGACCGAGGAGAAGCUCGUGCAAGCCGACCUGAUUCCUCCUGGUAGGUCGUUGUUUGUUGUACUUUUUCUAUUCAUUUUAUUUUGGUAUUGUAUCUAACUUAGCUCGUUUUCAUCGCAACUGCCAUGGACGACAUCCAUACCGAUGAGCUCUUCGGGAGCAUGAAGAAGGGGAAGAAGAAGAAGAGAGCCUCCAAAAAGGCUUGCGUCGAGAGUGAAGUAGCCAGAACUGAGGUUGCCAUUCCUGAGCCCGAACAGCCUCCCAUGAUCUAUCUGGUCGGGGACUCGGGCAAACCCAUCCCACCCCGCAUGCAUGAGGAGGCUACGUCUUUAGAGCCCAUCCUAGUGGCUGCCACUUCUUCGGGCAGUGAUUCUCCAAUUCGGAGCAUUCUGACUCCAAAGUUCAGCCUUCUCAAGAGCAAGGAUGCGGUGUUCGCUGAGGAGGUCGCUCGUUGGGCCAACUUUCCAGUUGCUCAGCUCGGGGCUCGUGCGGCUACGCAUUGUAUGGUGGUGAAGUCCUCCAUCCAUGACUUGGCUUAUCAGUCCGAGGUGAACUUGAAGCAGGUUCUCAAAGCCGAGGAGUCUUCCCGAAAUGCCCACGCCGAACUAAACUUAGCUCGCAACGAAAUCAACCAACUGAAAAUCGACACACAAGCUACGAAGGAGCUGCUAACUCUGCUAAUGUCAGAGAAGAAGGAGCUCGAGGAGCGUGAAACGGCAUUGAAGAGGGAGCUCGAGGACCUCGAGCCCGUGUGAAGGAACGAACCGAGCUACUGCUUCAUGUGAUGGAGGAGGCCAAGGUUAAGGCUGGUCGAGGCAGAGACAACGGGUUACCGCAAGGGAUUCAAACUUAGCAGGUGGUUGAUCGGACAUAAAUUUCCCCACCUCGACCUCAGUGCCAUAACCAUAUCGAAGAUCACCAAGGAGAUGGCCAUCGAAGCUACCAAAGAUCCGGACUUCGAAACGAAGAGUGAUGAUGACCUGCUUGACGAGGAAGAGGAGACCGGUGCUGGUGAGGACCGUAUAGAGACAAAUCCUCCUGUCGAAGUCUCCAAUAAGGAUGAAGAGCCCCGAAGUGAUUGAAGCCUCUUUUCUUGGACCCCCCCUCUUUUGUAAUGCUCAAUGUUCCAAGCCCCUGAGCUUGGUCAAUUGUAA